AUGAGCUUGAUAAGAAAAAAGGACUUGGUUAUUUUUGGGACACCCAACUGUGACACAGGCCUGUUGGACAAAAGUAUAACAAAGAAGAUUUUGAGGAGAAAUCCUUCGGUCUUAGCAAGCAUCUACAGAAGAACUAACCAAAAAAACAAGGCUAUUCAAGCUCUUCAGCACAAGCUAGUCGGGAACCAAAAGGUUAUAUAUAAUCAUGAAAUACUAUACAACUAUAUCUAUUUUGAGGACUAUGAUGGUGCAAUGCAGAGGAUUGCAUCCUUAAACUUCCGUGAUGAAACAAUAGAACGGCUACUAUUACAAAUAUUCAUACAUGAGAAGACACAAAACGAAAAGGUUUGCUGUGGAUCGGAUACAUACAACAAGAUAAUCGGCAGAAUAUUGAAAUACUUAUUUACUCAUUUCAGCAUCGAUGUCUUUAGCUACUUCACUAAGAUUCUUGAGGAUUUUUGCAAUAACAACAACGGAUGUAAGGAUAAGCUGUGCGGAAAUUCAAAGAUUGCCUUGUUUAAAAAGCAUUGCAACAGAAAAUAUAUGGAACAACUUUCCUUGGAGUCUUUGAAGUACAUAUACCAUGAACUAGGUCUCCUUGAGGCAUUAAGACUCAUAGUUCAUAGAAAUCCAAAAGUCGACGAGUUCUACUUCAAAGAGUUUGCAAGAAAAUGUCUUCCAACAGACGAAGAACUUAAGUCUAUCUUGAAUAGAGUCUAUAGUCCUUCCUUGUUUAGCCUACUAAAAGAGAGAGACUCUCUAACCAGAGCUAUUGUUGAACUCAAAAAGCACUAUAAAAAAGACUAUACCGACAGUGAAGUAAGUUUUGAGUCUGAAUACUGCACGAAGAUAGGAGUAAGGAAGAAAAAUAGAUAUCUAAGUACGUAUGACAUACCUGAUGAAACAUAA